CUGGGCAGUUCUUCUCUGUCUGCUCCGACACAGUGUCCUCCUGUCUGGGAGAACAGGACGUCUCUGUGAUUAGGCCUGAAGUCCCCUACACCCUCAGCCCCUCCUCAGGAUGGAUGUAGGACCCAGCUGCCAUCCCCAGCGUGGACUCUACCUGCUGCUGUUGCUUCUGGCUCUACCACUCAGGAGCCAGGCCAGCGCUGGCUGCUACGGGAUCCCAGGGAUGCCGGGCCUGCCGGGGGCCCCUGGGAAAGAUGGGCACGAUGGACUCCAGGGGCCCAAGGGUGAGCCAGGGAUCCCAGCUAUCCCUGGGACACGAGGACCCAAGGGUCAGAAGGGCGAGCCGGGCAUGCCUGGCCACCGAGGGAAAAAUGGCCCCAUGGGGACCUCCGGGAUGCCAGGGGAUCCAGGCCCCAGGGGGCCUCCCGGGGAGCCGGGCGAGGAGGGCCGGUACAAACAGAAGCACCAGUCUGUAUUCACCGUCACCCGGCAGACCACCCAGUAUCCGGCAGCCAAUGGCCUGGUCAAGUUCAACUCCGUCGUCACCAACCCUCAGGGGGAUUAUGACACCCGAACGGGGAAGUUCACCUGCAAGGUGCCUGGACUCUACUACUUUAUCUACCACACGUCACAGACGGCCAACCUGUGCGUGCAGCUGUUCCACAACCAGGUCAAGGUGACGAGCUUCUGUGACCACAUGUCUAACAGCAAGCAGGUCAGCUCCGGGGGUGUCCUCCUGCGCGUCCAAAAGGGCGAGGAGGUGUGGCUGGCCGUCAACGACUACAACGGCAUGGUGGGCACCGAGGGCUCCGACAGCGUCUUCUCCGGCUUCCUGCUGUUUCCUGACUAGAGGGGCAGGCUGGCUCCAGCCCCCCGAGCCGCCCACCUUGCUCCCUCCACUUCCUCCAUCCUCACUCAGACCUUUCCACACUGCUGACCGCUUCCUCCGGGGAGCGCACCUGACUUCCGGCCCAUCAGCCCACUGGCUCCUCCGGAGUGUCUGUCUCCUGGAACCGUCUGCUGGUAUCAUUCCUGUGACAGUUUACAGAUGCCUUAUGAGACUUUUUUUUUUUUUUUUCAGGUAGAGGAAUAAAUAGAUCACUAAAUUUGCCUGGCCCAGAUUUCUCACUGGAAGGCCUUGAA